AUGGCGAGCGGCGGGAGAGAGAGGUGGGCGCCGGUGCCGGAGCGGCGGCCGGCGCUUUCUGGCUACACCGGCCUCGUCGGCGGCUACCAGAAUCUCGGGGUUCUACACCUUGGCCGCGACGCGAGUGUCGCCGCGGUGGACGUCCUCGCCAACAGGCCGCUCGCCGAUGCCGCCAAGACCGCCAUCGCGCUGAUGGCGGUCACCAUCAGCGAGGCCAGCCGCCUCACGCCCAUCUCCGGCAGCAUAGCUAAGCAUUGGGUUCCGGGAGUGUUGAUCGGCGAUCAGGCUGUUCUCGUCGUCAACUGGAAAGUCAUUUCUUGCGCCCUCAUGGUAUCGUACCAACAUGAUCAAAACUGGUUGGGCAAGGAGGCAGACGACGUGGCCAAGCCUCCAGUGAACUUUUAA